AUGGACUCGUCAGGCACUGGUGAUUCGGACACCACGGGCCCUAGGCCCAUUGUAUCAGACGACCUGGAGUCUUCGGAGCAUGAGGUCCACACAUCAGAUGUUACCAGCACGAACGAGGAUGACUUCCAGCCCUUUGCGUUACCCGAUGCUGUCGACGAGCCCGCUGAUGGCCCUUUUGCUGGGGACCUACCGCUCGUAGAGAUCCCUGCCCCGAUACCACUUGCUUCAUACCCUGUUCUUGAUAUACUCCUCGACGCAGACGCUGAUGACGACGUCGAUCUGUUUGAUGACGAGCCCCUAGAGGAUGAUGUUCAGGGCGAGCCUAUGGAGGACCCGGUUGACCCAGUUGACCUUGCUGACCCUGCGUUUGCUGACCACGCAGAUUUUGAGAUGGCGUUUGAUGACCCCGAGCCUACCAUGGCCCCCGAGCCGGUAGCCGCUCUUGACCCUGUGUUUGAGCAUGACCCUAUUCAUGCUGGUAUACCCGUUGUUGACCCUUUGAUUGCUGAUCUACCCAUUGAUGAUCACCCUGUCGAUGCUCCACUUUUGGAGGGCGAUCAUGUUGUUGCUGCUGAUCAGGCUGAUGCCCCUUUCAUCGCUGAUGCACCUGUUGACCCUAUUGUUGCUCCCCUACCUGAUCCUGUUUCCCUGGAGCCCGAGCAUGCACUAUUCGCGACCCAUAUUGAUCCCCGGUAUGCGCACACCCAGAAUGGGUGGAUUGACUCUGAUGAUGAGCUCCCACCUAUUCCCCCACAUACCACCGAUGCACGUCACAUUGAUUCCUCUUUUUCGUUUGCUCAGUUCACACCUCCAGCUCGACCUAGAGAGGGUUCCUCGGCUCAUCCCUUUGGACAUGUGCCGACAUCUAUCCCAGUUGUACCACAGUUUUCUACUGCUAUUCCCCCUGUUCCUCCAUUCUCCGUGCCACCUUUCGAUCCAGCCAUUGAGCCAUUUCUCUGGACGUCACCGCCUGUCAUGCCGCCAUCCGACCCCUACCAUCCUUUCCAUAUGGGGUAUUCUAUUGAGGACGUUCUGAUGUCGUUUGUUGUCCAUCAGGAGGCACUCACACGGCGCAUUCAGGUGCUCGAGAGAGCUUAG